AUGCUACCAACACCACUGUCUCACUUGUUGUGCUGUGUGCACCCUUUGCUGGAAGUUGGCAAUGUGCACUCACAGCAUUGCAUGGAAGUAUUUGGAAUUCAAUUGUUCAGUUCCAAGCUGCUGAUUCGGCUUGUUGUGUCAACAGAUUAUUCCACAAACAGCCCCUUCCUGAACCAUUGCCUGGUGUCGUUUUUGAAGAGACUUGCACACCCUGAACAGCUGGGACUGGAGCCAAUGCUUUAUCAGCUCAGUGUGUUGCAAGUCUUCCACCGAAUCAUCCUGGAUCGAGAGAUCAGGGGCCGACACAGGUUUGAGGAGAUGGUGAAGCUCUGCACUGAAGUGGUGGGAAACAUGUUUCAGCGCAUGGCACCAGCAGCAGAGUCUGUGGCAGGUACUGAUUCUGGGGCGGACGGAGCAGGACCCAGCCAAACCAUACAUGUGGAUGACCAGGGAAGUCAGCACAGUGCGCGGAAUCAACCAAGCCAGGAGGCAGUAUCGUUAACAGAAUUCAAUGGUGGUGAAUUGGAGAUGCAGAAAAAGAUACAGAAUGCCGUAUCCUCGAUGCUGUUUCUAGAAAUCCUCUUCUGGAAAGGCACUGCAGCCGUCAAUGACAUAAAAGAAGAGUAUCAUUGGAAGGCAGUGCGGAUGAGAAGAAGCGACUUUGGCACGGGCAAUCCUGGCACUGACAGGGCGAGGAACAGUGUGGCAAACAACAAUGCCAGGAGCGGCUUUGCCAAUCAAGCACUCCGAGAUGCAAGCGAGUCAGAGCCUGAAUUGGACUGCACCGCUGCAGUUGGUGCAAGUGCGCCUGGUAAGGGAAGAGUCCACAAGUCUCGGAAGCCUCGCAAGGGUAACUUGUCUGAAUACCAGAUGCUGAGGCUGGAGGAACUGUUCGAGCAGAACUCGGGAAGAAAAGACUGCUACGACAGGAUAACGGCAGCCCUGGACGGAGAGCUGUCCAGAGGCAAGGUGGUGUACAACCUCAAGAAGAAGCUUGGGCUGAAGCGGGGCAUGCUGACGCCACUGCAGGAGUCCAAGCUCAGCGCGAUGUAUGAGGAGCUGAAAGGGCAGCAGGGCGUCACUUCCAAGAUCAGCGAGCAGCUACCAGGCGGCUUCUCUGUGAACCAGGUCCGGAGCAUGCUCAAGAAAAGAGGCCUGUUGAUCAUGCCGGCGAAAAGGGCUCGCAAAGAGGUGGACGAAUCGUCCCCGGAGGCGUCUCAAUCGGGCGCCGCCUCUUCAUCAUCCGAGCCAGAGGACGUUUGCGACAGAGGCGGCGUCCGUGUGACUUGCAGACCGAGCACCUCCGGCGGCAGUCCCUCCUUCCUGGGGUCCCAGGGGGGCGAUGACGACUCUGCGGUGAGCAAAGCCCUUCCAGGGUCGUCAGGCGAUGGGACCUCUCUCGCCGAAGGUGGCGAAGGGGGGCCUGCUGCCUUGGGCGUGAAAGAAAAUCUUAGGCAACAUCCCGGGCACCGCGUGAAGAAAAGACGCCUGACGAAGAAGCCGCGCAGCGCAGUGCCGUCGGAAAGGGAUCGGGGCGAGGGGCUUGGCACCGCCAGCGGCGGUCGUCUGGAGUCUCCGCAUGCCGACAUCGUCUUGAAGCCGGCGACGGGACUCAACCGAGCGGUGAGCGAAAGCAGCGACUCCAAGAGCGGGUGGGAUGAGGCGGUGGCUCGGAAACAACCUCCAGCCAGUCGCGUGAAGAUUUUCAAGCGGCGGCUGGUGAGCUUGGGAAUGGCCCGCGCGUUGGCCGAGGACGAGAUUGAAGAGUCCGAUGGGGAAGCGGAUGUGGGCAGGAAGAAGACGAAGCCUCGGAAACAUCCUCCGGGAAGUCGCAUGAAGAUUUUCAAGCGACGGUUUGGGAGCGGGGAAAAGGUCCGUGCGUCGGCUGAAGGCGAGGUUGAAGAGUCCGACGGGGAAGUGGAUUUGGGCGAGGCGCCGCCGUCCAAACGGCGGAAGGGGGUGCUGCUGUCGGAUUCAGACGGAGAGAGUGGGGGAACGCUGAGAAUUGGCGCGGCUGGCUGCCAGAGUGAGGUGACGCUCGACGACGAGUCGGACAGCGACAUUCCCACAAAUGUGGGCGCAGCACGGGGCGCUGACGACGCGCGGGCGGGCUGCGUGGCGUCACGGGAGGCGGUGGAAGCGCGGAAGGGGGAUGUGCUUGAGGCUUUGGACUCUCGGGAUUUGAAUGUGGGCCUUUCCGAGGGUGGCAGAGAGGCUGCGAGGGGCCUCCAGCGUCAGGGAGAGGAGGGGUCGGUUGGGUUGGGAACGCCAACUGGGAUCGAUGGCGUUGAGCCCGCCCAGGCGGGCGAACCGCCGCCCAAGGCUUGCUCCCCAACGCAGUCGGGCUGA